GUGCGGUUCCUGAGGCUGUGACCUCUGAGAUGAACAUCUGGAGGAUGGUUUUCUUCACCCCAAGAGAGAAGUCUAUGCUAUUGACUGAAGCUCAAAAGCUUGGCUACCUUGUGUCCACGACCCCAACAAGACUUGUGGUCCGAAGCCAUCCCAACAAAACCGAGAUCUACACUGAAAAUGUUGCCAAGAUCUCCAUGAAUGUUCUGAGGGUAACUACCUAUUUCAAGGACCUGUGGUCUGUGACGAUGCUUGAUUCUGCGGUAGCCUGCCCAACCAGUGGUGUGGUCUUCACUGAGGAAACCAUUACUUGGUAUGUGCCACGCCACAUCCACCCACUUCUCACAUCAAAUACCUGUGAGACUCUGGAGGUCCACAUGGGUAUUGAUGGUGAGCGGCUCAACGAGGCCCAGAUGCUCAGCAAGGGCUACACUAUGUCUGUGACUGAGAACCACGUUGUCCUUGAAUUGCCUGUGGGUGGACCUGAUGGCUACUACAAGAGUCAAGUUUCUCAGUAUCAGUACCACAUCAUGUACUCCAUUGAGGCCAUGUUUGAGAUGGUGUGGAGGGAGGCAGGCUCUGACCUGCUAACCAAAUAUAAGGUCUUGAAACCCAUCGCCACCCCUCUGAUGCCCAGACCUCCACAUGUGCUUGACUCUACUGUUCCUGACGAGCGUGUCUUUGACGUUACCUUGGGGACCUUCCUUCAUGAUGUGAUCCUGGUGAACAUUACCUUUACCACUGGUGUGCUAACUGUUGCUGAGGCCAAUGCCAGAGGCUUCAAUGUCCAAGAGCAUCGCUUUCCCAACGGUUCCAAGACCUUUAGUCUACGAGUGCCUUUCUCUGACCCUGUGGUUCUGAAGAGUAACCCUCAGCGGGAGCUCACAACCUACACCCUUCCUUUGAUCUUCAGCCUGCUGGUCUUGCCUGAGCAGUCUCCAUUCUCUCAUCCUGCUGAACCCGAAGUGACUCUUCAGGAUGUUGUGUUUCCUGUUGUGACUGGAACCUGUUAUGACGAAAACUACUACAUCACCAUGGCGCUUGAAAGUCAUGGCAACGACUAUAAAUACAUUGUGGGCAAGCGAGAGCUGAACACUGACCUGGCCAGCGAAUACGAUGUCCGUGUGAAUGCUACACACAUGACUAUGAGGGUCUCCUUCCUCUCAUCCGAUGCUGUAUUCACGUUUGUUAUUCCUUCUGCCGCUGGUGGUCGACUGGACUUUAAGGUCAUUGAUCCAAUCAAUAAAUGGAGCCUCACUGACUUCUCUUUGGCUUGUACCUUUCCUAUGCCUUUGACUGAGUGUCACACCAAUGGUACAAUGACUGCCCUAGCCCACCUGCUGCUUUGCUUUGUGAAGUACCUGUCCAUGGUCCUGAAGUGCCUUAUGAAGUCUCUGUCCAUGGUCCUGAAGUGCCUUCUGAUGUCUCUGUCCAUGGUCCUGAAGUGCUUUGUGAAGUCUCUGUCCAUGGUCCUGAAGUGCCUUGUGGAAUGGUGCUGGAAUCAACUGCGCAGGCAGGAGUUGAGCAGGAUUCCACCCCCUUAA